AUGGACGAUAUCGUAAAAUAUUUUAAUCAAAAUUUAAAUGAUUAUGAAAAUAAAGAGGUAAUGGAUGAAAUGGGCACGUUUAUAAAUAAGAAGGCGUUAGCAAAUGAAGUCGGCGAUUCUAUUUUACAAAAAACUGUGAACAGUCAUACAGGAUUGUCAGAUCGCAGAGGACGAGCCCAAUACAUAAUAUUAUUACAGCAAAAAGUAACUCAACUCCAAGAAAAACUAAAUCUAAAAAACAGCACAAAUACAAAUGAUUUCGAUGAACUUCAAUAUAAAAAAGCAAUAGAAGAUGUGAGACGGGAAGAAAGAGAAAAAAAAUCGCUUGUCGAAUUAGAACUCAAAUGCGCUCUAAAGAGAGUUAAUGAGCUAGAUACAUCUUCUAAAAAAUGGGAAAGUCGAUGUAAAGCUCUUGAUGUAGAAAUGGCAGUUCUUAGAGAUCGGCUUGAAAAGAUUCAGUUGAAAUUUCAACAUAAUGAAAAAAUCAUCGAAGAACAAGAAGGUAAAUUAAAAACUACCAAUGAAGAUACUAUUCGUAAACUAAAUAAGUUAGAAAGGGACAAUAAGACUCUUUGUCAAAGGCUCGAAGAGGUAGAAAAGACAAUUGAGGAAGAAACAAAAAAGUUAUUAAGCAAAGAUUUGGAAAUUAAACAAUUACAAAAUGAGUUAAAAAUGUGUAAACCAAUUAUAAUAAAACAAGAAAUGGAUUUUUCAAAUAUUGUUAACGAGCCAAUACAUGUAAUUGAUUACUAUCAAUUUAUACCUAUGAAAUUUAAACAGCUUGAAAAUCAACAACUAUUAGAAUUAUUACUCAAAGCCAACACGGAAGUUCGUGAAAAAAUUUUACAAACUACAGAUCUUAAGAUUGAAUUAGCAAAACAAAAACAAAAAGUGAAGAGAACGGAAUCUAAAACAGGAGGAAUGAGAACAGUGUCGUCCAAGACGUGUAGUAAUACGAGUCGGCCUAUGUCAUAUAAAUCUACCUAUGAAUCAAAACAAAUUUCAGUGAACCAAAUUCAACUUAAGAUAGAUAUACUGAACGAGGAGAAUGCCGCAUUAAAAACACACAUUGAUACUCUCACAAUAAUCAACAAGGACCAAGAAAGACAGUUUGCUAAAUCAUUAACCGAAUUAAAUAAAAAAAUUAAAACAAUUAUCCCUUGCAAUUGCACAAAAUUUAUUAAAUCAGAUAAUUAA